UGCCCUAAGUUUUUCAUCGACAACAGACGCGCAUUUCACUGAGAACUCCACCGUCGCCGCUCGCCACUGUUUCCAUGGUGAAAUCUUACCUUCGUUACGAGCAUGCGGCAGCAUUUAGUGUUAUUGCUUCUUUGGAAUCAAACAUCUGCUAUGAUUCUUCUGGAAAGUUCCUUCUUUCUCCUGCUCUUGAUAAAGUAGCUGUUUGGCAUGUUCGUCAAGCUGUUUGCUCCAAAACCCUAACUCCUUCUCCGCCUUCUCAUGGUCCUUCUCCUGCCGUUACAUCUAUUGUCUCUUCUCCGUCUUCUUCAUUGGUAGCAGUAGGCUAUGUAGAUGGGAGCAUAAGAAUAUGGGAUUUGGGUAAGGGAACUUGUCAAACAACUUUAAAUGGGCAUAAAGGGGCUGUGACAGCUCUUCGAUACAAUAAAACUGGAUCGAUGUUAGCUUCUGGUAGCAAAGAUAAUGAUAUUAUCUUGUGGGAUGUGGUGGGUGAGACUGGCCUUUAUCGUCUUCGUGGACACCGUGAUCAGGUGACAGACUUGCUUUUUUUGGAUUCUGGGAAAAAGUUAGUUAGCUCUUCCAAAGACAAGUUUGUUAGAGUUUGGGAUUUGGAUACCCAACACUGUAUGCAAAUUAUUAGUGGCCAUCAUAGUGAAAUUUGGUCAAUAGACUGUGAUCCGGAUGAGAGGUUUGUGGUCACUGGCUCAUCAGACCUUGAACUUCGGUUUUAUACUAUAAUCAAGCAUGAUUUGGAAGGUAGAGUACCUUUAGUGAGCUCUGAACUUACUGAGUCUGUAAAUAAUGGUCAUACAUCAACUGGUAACAAGUGGGAAGUCUUGAAAUACUUUGGUGAAAUUCAGAGAAUGACCAAGGAUCGAGUUGCAAAUUUAAGAUUUAAUAAGAUUGGUAAUCUUUUAGCAUGCCAAGUGGCUGGUAAGACAGUGGAGAUAUAUCGUAUGUUAGAUGAUGCGGAGUCCAAGCGUAAAGCUAAGCGUAGGGUUAAUCGAAAGAAGGAGAAGAAAGGGAAGAAAGAUGAUAAAACCUCUAAAGAUGUGGCGGAUUCUACGGAGAAUGGAGAUGAACAGCCCUCUAUGGUAGUGGAGAGGAGCAGUUUAACUAUUGUAGUCUCUGAUGUCUUUAAGCUUCUUCAAACUCUAAGGUGUGGAAAGAAGAUAUGCUCCACUUCAUUUUGUCCAAUUAACCCGAAGAAUUCCUUGGCCAUACUAGCUUUAUCAUUGAAUAACAAUUCGAUAGAAAUUUAUUCUGUAGGAAGUGAUUCAAGUUCACAGACACAAGCUAUUGAGCUCCAAGGUCAUCGUUCUGAUAUUAGAAGUCUUAGUCUUAGCCCGGAUAACUCUCUUUUAUUGUCAACUAGUCACAAUGCGGUAAAGAUUUGGAACCCCAGCACUUGUAACUGUCUUCGAACAGUUGAUUCCGGUUUUGGCCUUUGUAGUAUGUUUGUUCCUGGUGAGCCAAGCAAUAAGUACGCACUUGUUGGAACUAAAGGUGGAACAAUUGAAAUUAUAGAUGUUGCUAGUGCCACAUGCGUGGAGGUAGUGGAGGCUCAUGGAGGUUCUAUUCAAUCAAUUGCCGGUUUGCCUGACAGAAGUGGUUUUGUUACAGGUAGCGCAGACCAUGAUGUUAAGUUUUGGGAGUAUCGCAAGUCGAAGAAGUCUGGUGAUGCUUUAAAAUGCUUGACGGUGUCAAAUGUGAGAACAAUGAAAAUGAACGAUGAUGUCUUAAAGGUUGUUUUAAGCCCAGAUGCGAAGUAUAUUGCAGUUGCAUUGUUGGACUGCACAGUGAAGGUAUUCUUUGUGGAUACACUGAAAUUCUUCCUUACAUUAUAUGGUCAUAAAUUGCCUGUUUUAUGUAUGGAUAUAUCAUCUGAUGGGGACCUGAUAGUUACGGGGUCCAUAGACAAGAAUUUAAAGAUUUGGGGUUUAGACUUCGGUGACUGCCAUAAAUCAAUUUUUGCCCAUGCUGACAGUGUCAUGGAUGUGAAAUUCGUACCUAACACUCACUAUGUAUUUAGUGUUGGGAAGGACCGGCUUUUGAAGUACUGGGAUGCUGAUAAAUUUGAAUUGCUUUUAACCCUUGAAGGACAUCAUGCUGAGAUCUGGUGUCUUGCACUCAGUAGUCGUGGUGAUUAUGUUGUCACAGGAUCUCAUGAUAGGUCGAUAAGGCGUUGGGAUCGCACUGAUGAACCAUUUUUCAUCGAGGAAGAGAAAGAAAAAAGGUUGGAGGAGAUGUUUGAGGCUGACAUUGACAAUGCAUCUGAAAACAUAUAUGCCUCUAAAGAUGAACUUCCGGAGGAGGGUGCUGUUGCAUCAGCAGGAAGGAAAACUCAGGAAACAUUAACGGCAACCGACCUGAUUAUUGAAUCAUUGGAUAUGGCAGAGGCUGAAUUAAAGAGGAUUGCUGAAUACGAGGAGGAAAAAACUAGGGGAAGUGCAGCGAAAUUUCAGCCUAAUAUACUCAUGCUUGGGCUUUCACCGUGUGAUUAUGUUCUUCGCUCAAUUUCUAAAGUCCAGCCCAAUGAUCUGGAGCAGACUUUACUUGCAUUACCAUUUUCUGAUGCUUUAAAACUUCUUUCUUUUUUGAAGAACUGGACCACAGAUUCUGAAAGGGUUGAACUCAUCUGCAGGGUUGCAAUAGUAUUGUUGCAGACAAAUUAUCACCAGCUAAUUAGCACACCUUCAGCAAGACCGGUCUUAACUAAUCUUAAAGAUGUCUUGCAUGGAAGAGUGAAGGAUUGCAAAGACACUCUUGGUUUUAACCUUGCUGCAAUGGGUCAUCUUAAGCAACUAAUGGCCAUGAAGUCUGAUGCACCUUUUCGAGAUGCUAAAACGAAGUUGCUGGAAAUUCGUACACGGAUUGCUAAACGAAAUGAUGGAAGAGCAGAGACGAGGGAGGAACGGAAGAAGAAAAAGAAGCAGAAAAAGGGCAGUGAUGGACAUGCUUGGACUGUUGUGCAAUGAGAGCAAGAUCAAAUCAAGUAGAAAAACGGUCGAAUAUUUAUACAAGCUUAAUUAACGCAACAAGCCAUCUUCCAUAUGAUUGUGUACCGGAAUGUAUGUGAUCUUAAUCAUAUUGCCAUGUUUCUAUAGGUACGCCAUACACAUCCUUUCACAUUUUUGUUCGUGUUCGGAGAACUAAAACUGACUCUCAAAGUGUAGCGUCACGAGGGUUUGAGGGGCGUAGCUUCAGUUGCUGCAUCACUAGAUGUCCAAGCUUGCAGAUUAGUCAUAAUGCAGCUUUAAGUUUUUUGUCUUGAGUUUGAGUUGUUUUUUAAAUUUUCAUUCCGUUGUGUAAAUAUUGAGAAAUUCAAUUGGAUAAUUUCUGCGGCAAUUGUUUAUUCUUUUCUAAAGUUUUAUAUCAAAAUAGUAGCUUCAAAAUACAAAAAUAUUAAUUAGAUUUUGAGUUUUUAUUAUGAACAUGGACAAAGAUACAAUAAAGACCAUGAAUCCCAAUAAAUUCAUUUCGAUAAUUUUUACCACAAUAACAUUAAUCAUUCUUUUAUAAAAACACAAAAACAACAAUCAAAUUUCAAAUACUUACUAUGAACAUGAACAAAGAUACAUCUAAGGCAAAGUUUUACACGGUGAGAAUUAGGUUUUGUUUCAACUAGAAAUUUCACGAAAAAACUCACUUACCCACCCACUCACUUGCCUCGGCUUACCUUGUAAUCAAAAAAAGUUAUACCUGAUGUUCAAUUGAAGUUUUUUCCUUCGUAUGUUUGACCAAACUGCCAAUUCGCGGGCACCCUAUGCCAAGAAGUGGAUUUUUUACCAUCACUGGUAGUGACCCUAAAGGUGAGUGAUUGACCUAAUAAACUGUUGUUAGACUCCCAGUAUUGACCCCAAUUGCGCUUCAUUUCUGUGAAAGGUUUGCCCCUAUUUCCUUUUAUAAGUACCCUUUCAACAUCUCCUGCACCCGCUACAUUCCAUAUCAACACCAUCAAGAAGUAGGGGUUUGAAUUUGAUGAUAUGGUGA